AUGUUUUCAUCAUUACAAAAUUCAAAGAGUUUAAAUUCAUUUCAAGUUUUAUCAACAGAAACUCCAUCUAAUCCAUAUCCACAUGUGACUCAUAACGAAACAUUUACAAUAGAAGGUAUAUCAUAUAAACUAGAUGAUCAAACAAACGUUUCGCCUUCAAUUUUAUCAAAACUCUCUCGAAAACUUCAUUUACAACCACAUCACCCACUCUACAUUUUACGAACACAAAUCGAACAACACUUUCCACACUUUUCUUACUUUAAUACAUUUAAUCCUAUCGUAACAGUACAAAAAAAUUUCGAUGAUUUGGGAUUUCCAAAAGAUCAUCCUGGUAGAAGUAAAACUGAUAGUUAUUAUAUAAAUAAACAAAUCAUGUUAAGAACACAUACUUCAGCUCAUCAAUUAGAAGUAUUCAGUAAGAUGAAUACUAAGUUUUUGAUUAGUGGUGAUGUUUAUAGAAGAGAUGAAAUUGAUUCUUCUCAUUAUCCUAUUUUUCAUCAAAUGGAAGGUGCUCAAAUAUUUAAUAUACAAAAUAUAGAACAAGAAAUAUCUAAGGAUAAAAAAUAUUUAAUUUCAUUGAAUUCAAGAAAAAUUCCUUUAAGAGAUAAUAGUGAAGUUAAUGAUGAUACAAUAAUUUCCACAAACAAUCCAAUACAAUCAUGUCAUCCAAUUGAACAAGUUAAUUUUGCUAUAAAACAUUUAAAAUUUUCUUUAAAUUCUUUAAUAAAAAAAUUAUUUAUAAAUCAUGAUGAAAAUUUAAAAAUUAGAUGGAUUGAUGCAUAUUUUCCAUUUACUUGUCCAAGUUGGGAAAUGGAAAUUUUUUUUAAAGGUAAAUGGUUAGAAAUUUGUGGUUGUGGUAUAGUUGAUCAAAAUAUCUUAAAUAAGGCUGGUCAAAGUGAUAAAAUUGGAUGGGCAUUUGGAUUAGGAUUAGAACGUAUAGCUAUGGUAUUAUUUGACAUACCAGAUAUAAGAUUAUUUUGGUCACAAGAUGAAAGAUUUUUAGAUCAAUUUACUGAUUUUAAUGAUAAUAAAAUUAUAAAAUUUCUCCCCUUUUCAAAAUUUCCUCCCUGUAUAAAAGACAUUAGUUUUUGGUUAAAUGAUCAAAAUUUUCAUGAAAAUAAUUUUUGUGAAAUUAUAAGGAAUAAUGCUGAAGACUUGGUUGAAGACGUUAAACUGAUUGAUGAUUUUGUACAUCCGAAAACAAAAAAAAGAAGUUUAUGCUAUAGAAUUAAUUACAGAUCUAUGGACAGAACUGUCACAAAUGACGAAAUUAACAAAAUACAAGAACGAGUUAGAGAAGAUAUUGAAGAAAAGUUAAAUGUUACUUUGCGAUAA